GACGCUAGUUGCCGUUGUCCGAGCUGUCAGCCACGUCACCUCCUCUUCAACAACUUUCCUCCCGGACCUCUGCGGACACAGUUGAGUUUAUGAGUGGACUCAGUGGUCAUUUUAAUUGUUUUACUACAUGUGUGUCGAUAACGCGCCGACAAGCUACCGCACAGACUCGGAAUUCGCUGUGUAGCUGUUAGCUUUUUAGCUUUUUAUCCGCUCGUCAUUUGUUUGCAGUCGCAGAGCUUAUUGUGGCUGUGACCAGUGUCCAGAGGACGUGUAAGGCCUGUCAGGAGUUUUACAGAGGUUUUGCUAACUAAGCGGAACACAAUGAACAUCUUUCGUCUGGCCGGUGACGUGUCACAUUUGGUGGCUAUCCUUAUCCUGUUACUGAAGAUAUGGAAGUCCAGAUCCUGUGCUGGCAUCUCUGGGAAGUCUCAGGUGCUGUUUGCGCUUGUGUUCACCACCAGGUACCUUGACUUGUUCACUGUCUUCAUCUCUGCGUACAACUCGGUCAUGAAGGUGGUGUUCCUGUCUCUCUCCUAUGCCACUGUGUACCUGAUCUACAUGCGCUUCAGGAACACGUACGACUCUGAAAAUGACACCUUCCGUGUGGAGUUCCUGUUGGUACCAGUUGUCGGGCUGUCCUUCCUGGAAAACUAUGCUUUCACCCCAAUGGAGAUCCUGUGGACCUUCUCCAUCUUCCUGGAGGCGGUGGCCAUAAUGCCGCAGCUCUUCAUGAUCACCAAGACCGGCGAGGCAGAGUCCAUCACCACACACUACCUGUUCUUCCUCGGCCUCUACCGAGCCCUCUACAUAGCCAACUGGGUGUGGCGUUACCACACCGAGGGCUUCUUCGACCAAAUCGCCGUGGUGUCCGGCGUCGUGCAGACCAUCUUCUACUGCGAUUUCUUCUACCUUUACUUCACAAGGGUGCUGAAAGGAAGAGGAAACAUGAGCCUGCCGAUGCCCAUUUAAAACCGACGUCUGUGUCGUUCAUCCACCCGCCUGUGCCUGCUACAGCUCAGCGUCUGAACACAGACCUCGCCCUACAACUGUACAUGUAUUUAGCAAAGGGACUAAUGGUCUGACACCAUUCUGUAGACCAAACUGUGUGCACCUCUAGAGAUUGACUUUCUGUGUGAUUGGUACUUUGUGUGUGUGUGUGUGUAUGUGUACGCGUGCAUACAUACACUGUUGUUGUAAGAAGUUUGCAAUGUAUGUUUGAGUAUUUUUUUCUUCAUAAGAUGCAAAUGUGACACUGGAAAGGUGUCCCCUGAUGAUGUGCAUGUGGAACUUAAAUCCAGGCAAGUGAGUAACACUAUGGAAACUGUGUAUUUGUCUUUACUUUCCCUUUGAGACUUUGGAGACUGUUAGAAUGUUGAAUCCACAAAAUUGUAAAACAUUUAGAUUGUAUGGAGUUUUAGAUCCAGUCUCUCUUGAGUUUAAGGAAUACUUAUUUUCCUAUGUUUUUGUGUCUAAGUGACUAAUGGGAAUGUUUUUUAAAUUGAUCCAGUAUUGAGAGACAGCGAUGCAGUCAGCAGCUACAAAACAGGCUGCAAAUGACCACUUGAGGCAUUUGUGCACCCUAACUUUACGUCCAGUGUUUGUUUUGGCCACUGACAGGCUCAGAUUGUUUUUAUAGGUGUCUGACAACAUUAUGGAAAGGAUCCCUACAGAGACAGACAGAUUUUUGAAGAGUAAGAUCCUUUUUGUUUAGCCAGAAACAGGCGCGCAAUUGGCAUCGCCACACCAACCAAACUCCAUUUAAAUACACAGCGAUUUUAGCUAGUAGAGAGCCAGCAUAACUUCACAUCUGACUGGGUGAAUUAAGGGUUUAUUUUAACCAGACCAGAGCUGGUGAUUGUUUGAACGGUGGAUUGAACAACCAAGACGGCUUUUUAAGUCAGAUUUUGUUUCUGUCAACUUUGAAUAAAGUGUGUUUUAAGAUGAUAAAAUCACUGUUUUUUUAAAUGGAGUCUGGUUGGUUUGGUGAUAGGGAUUUGGGGCUGUUUCCAGUCAAACAAAAAGGAUGUUACUCCUCAUCAAAAAAGUCUAUCUCUGUAGGAUCCCUUCCAUAAUGCUGUCAAACACUUGGAAUAAUAAUCUGAGCCUGCUGGUGGCAAAAAAGGACUUGUGAAUUAAAGAUGUGCAAUUGCCUAGUAACGUUACAUUGCAUCCUGUUUCGCCACUGCUUGCUGCAGCAGUGUUGCUCAAUACUGGGAGUUUCAAAAAUUGUUGUCUCCAUUUGUCACUUCAUCACAAAAACAUAUGUAAAUAGGAUCCAGGUUGAAACGUCCCAAUGUUGCCCUUAAAAGCUGAAAAGUGCCCAGAGUUUCAUGUCAAAGCCUCCCACACGUUAUCCAAGUUUGACAAACUCAGUCUUGCCUCAUGAUUUACAGCAAUGACAAAUAUUGUAGUUUCUAUUUUUAAAUCGUACACUGCACUCUUCCAGUCAAGUCAGUUUUAUUUAUAUAA